AUGUUGCGGUGUGGGUGUUGUGUAGCGCGCGCGAUUCCUGUACUCGUGACUCGUGAUGGCGCUGCCGCGGCUGCUGCUGUUGCUGCUGGAGCUCGCGCUUAACGCCUGUUGCUUCAUCUGUGGAAUUAUCACCGCCGCUUCCGUCACUCUCACCCAGGGGGAUUUUUCAGGGAAGUGUUUGCUGUAUGGGUCUGUGCGCUUAAACAACUCAGAAAUCGACGUGAGCUGGUCCAGCGCUCCUUCUCUCUGUUACUUUGUGUCAGGCAUCUCUGUGUGUGUGGCUGUCUUCUGCUUCUCCACCACCCUCUACUGGGUGUACUCGUUCUGUGUGGAUGGAGAGGUCAAAAGAGAGAGAAUAUGGAUGACUUUCUCACUGCUUGUAAGUGGAGUCUUCCUCUUCUUCCUCCUGGUGACGGGAUGCAUCCUGAAAGUGGGCCGAGACAAAUUUUGCGAAUCCGUGAUCAAAACGGUGCCCAAUAUAUCCAGGUGUGAUGGAGCACAGAGCCAGAAAUGGAAAAGCCCUUUGAUUGGGUCUAGUUUCUACACCAAACUACUUAAUGCUGAGACGGCAGUAUGGGUGAAUUUCUUCAUCUGGAUAAUAGUAGUUGUUCUGGUUGUGGUCCAGCGUAGAAGGGGCGCUGAGAACACUCGGCUAGAGGACCCCGGAGCCAGUCCUUCUGAAACAGAACCCUUCUUCAAACGGCCAGGACAGCCCAACUGAACACACACAAGAUGGCACAGGCACUGUGGCAUGUACACAUUGAACACACAAUGAGCCAAUCACAGAUUGAGAUAAACACACACACACACACAGAUGCAGGCACAGUACUGGUUUUGGCUACCUCGGUCAGUGGUCGUGGUUUGCUCCCUAGUGGUAUCGAGGCCUUGUUGCCAUGGCUACUGACCAGCAAUUGGCAGCAGUAGCUGGCAGCUAAGAGAGUGAGGUUGCCAGAUUGGCCUUACUGAUUCAUAUUGAUCUAAAGGCAAAUUAAAAUUCACAAAUCCGACUAGAUUAAUGGGUACACUACCGUAUUUAAAUGGAUAACUUUUAUGCGACCUGCCGGCUUCAGUCUAUGAUAAAAGCUUUUAGGUGUUAAAAUACCAGAAGCAUUCUUGUGUGGUAGUAUAAUAGUAUAAGUAAAUGGAAUACAUAAUGGAACAAAUAUGUGCUUUGAUACUUCUGUUAUAUGCAUUUUACCAUGCUGAAACUUAAAAAGUUUAUUGGUAUAGGCUACUUUGUGCGUUUAUACAACAUUAGCUCCACCUGCUGUCAGUUUUUUUUUAUCAGGUCUUGUAAUUAAAGUCCAGAUGUUCAGCACUUAUAAGCCUUAUUUAUCUGCUAUAUAUUUUCGCUGUGAUAUGAUUUUAUCUAUAUGCUGAAAGAGUCUUCCUUGGUUUCAGAUUAAAAGAAUUCUGUCAAUGUU